UGCUUUGGGAACAGUUAACUAUUGAGUGGCUGGGAAGGUUCUGAAGCUCGAUCGGUUCCUGUUACUGCGAAAAUACAUUGUUAUUUAUACAGUGUGUAUAGAACUCCAUGAAACGCUUUGACGGAUCGAUCGUGGAUAAAAGGCCAGCUAGUCAGCCCUGACAAUCAAUAUGCAUUAUUACCUAGCGUGUGACCUUUAUUGAUCACCACACACGAUGGAGUGGCAACCGUGACACUGGUACUCGGCGAAGGGAUUAAAAGCAUCGAUCAUGACCGAGGGGCAAGAGUGGUAACCACUGCAUCUAUACAGCUGUAUACCCGUCGGACGUCAUGUGCUGUCAUCAGAACUCGCUCAAAACGGACCUGGCAUUUAUACUUGUACCUGCGCGUGAGCUAAUUCGAUCAUCGCUCCUCUUCUAGUGAUGGGUCAGUUUUACGGACGCGCAGUGCGAGCACUUCGUGUGACACGAGUUGAACAUCAGCCGCGGAGGGAAAUUGAUCUGUUUUGACGGGAUUGAGGUGCAUGUGACCCCGUUAACUUGUUGAGUUAUUCGAGCGGCAGUAUCUCAAACUAAAGGACAAUAAAAAGGUUCAUCUUCUGACUUUAUUACAAGGUUAACGCGGACUUGUAUUUGUGUGGUGAGGAAGUGUUAGACUUUCUGCGUGUGGCUUAAGUCUGUUUUAGAAAAAAGAACUUGGUUUUCAAGGGGAAACCGCCAAUGCACCGAAGAUGAAUGCGGAUUGUCUGUUUGACGAGUGGAAGUACCUCAGACUAAGCAGUGGAUACUGAGAGACCAUCUUCAGACUUGUAGUAAGGUUAACUUUUAUUGGUGCUCUGUGGAGGUGCGGCACUUUACUGCGUCUGGGUUUGGAAAGAGAAAUCGUCAAAAUGCUCCAAAAUGAAUCUGAAUUGUCCCACAAGAUUCCCACAUCCUCCACGGUUCAUAACCUCGGUGAUUUUUACGUACUUCCUUCUGAUUACCGAGAAUCUCCUUUUUGUUCACGGAGCGAGCGGAGACCUACCGAUCUCAACGCCGGGGGACCCGGCGUGGCAGGACCCGGAGCUCGCUGGGCUCUGGCUCGGUAGCGACGCCGCUCCGUACGACCCCGCCCGGGCGAGCUUCAACAGAAAAGGGGACUUCUACCUCGGAGGUUUGUUCGACAUGCACUCGGAGCGGUACGGGGAGUGCCAGAAGAUCAACCCUAGGGGUGUGCAAUGGAUGUACGCCAUGGUGUACGCUAUCGAGCGUAUCAACGCCAGACAGGACCUGCUGCCCAACAUCACGUUAGGAUUCCAAAUCAAGGACACGUGUGCCAACCCCAACGUGGCCGUGACGUCAUCGCUAGACUUCAUCACCAGCUCCUCCAAUCUCGGCGCCUGUGACAAUAACUCUAUGUCAUUUAAUGCCGUGGACAGCCUGGGACGCCUGGUGGCCGUCGUGGGUCCGGCGACAAGCAACGCUGCCGUGUCUGUGGCUAGUCUAUUCCAGCUGUUCAAGCUACCGGAGAUCAGCUACUCGGCCACCAGCGAACUCCUCAGCGAGACGCGUUACAGCUUCUUCACCCGGGUGGUACCCAGCGACAGCUACCAAGCCGCCGCCCUGGCCGAUAUAGUGUCUCACUUCGGCUGGUCCGUGGUAGCCACGCUCUACACGGACGACCUGGCCUACGGGUUGGCUGGGCAGGAGCGGUUCCUGCAACACGCUGCGGAGAAGGGCAUCUGCGUGGCGUACGAGAACAAGAUCAGCAGCAGCAGCACCUUGGAAGAUCUGCUUGAAAUUCUGGAAGAUUUGAGAGGUUACCCAAACGUCAAAGUGAUAGUGGCCUUCGCCAACGAGUCUCCAAUGCUGAAGCUGCUCGAGGUCUUCGCUGAGCAAAACGUCACCGGGUACACGUGGAUUGGCACGGACGCCUGGACCGCCUCGCCCGCCCUCACCGCUGACCCAGGGAUAGCCAAGGUCACGCAAGGCAUGCUGGGACUGCGGUACAGCACCAGGGAAGUCGUGGGCUUCCUCGACUAUCUACAGAGUCUAUCUCCGUGGGAGGGAACCAGUUACCAAGACCCGUUCCUACUCGAGUACUGGGAACAAGCUUUAGCGUGUCACGUGUUCGAAAUCCCGCGUGAGUAUCGAGCGUACAGCGAGACUUGCGUCGCGAAUGAGACAUUAACCGAGAGCGACACCUUAUUCGCGGGCAAAUUCGUCUCCACCAUUUUGGACGCGGUGGAAGUGGUCGCCAUGGCCCUGCACGCGGCCCUUAAAUGCGAUGAGUCGCAGUGCGAGGGAAAAUCUGAUGAGGUCGACCGCGAGGAGAUCUUGGCUCUCAUGAAAAACGUCAAUUUUACCGGUGCGUCCGGUUACAACAUCGAAUUGACGGAUGGAGGAAAUUUAGGAUCUGGUGCCACUUACGAUGUGUUCAAUCUCAAGCCUUCGAACUCGUGUGCGAGUGAAAUGAUGGUAGAAAAGAUUGGAUUUUGGAACCAAAAGGAGGGGUUCAGGAUUCGUGACAACAUAAGUUGGCACAGCAAAAACUCCUGUUACGUAGGAACGAUACCUUCGUCUUUCUGCAGCGCCUCCUGUCGGCCAGGACAGCGCCGAAUUCCCAAAGGAUUAUCCGAGUGCUGCUGGGAGUGCGUGGACUGCCUGGAAGGUCACUACAGCGACCAGGAGGACGCCCUCACAUGUUCCAACUGCUCCGGUGAGGAGAUAGUCAACACGGACCGGACCGGUUGCGUCCAGCUGCCCGAUCUUUAUUUCACGCCGAGUAGUCCAUUUGGCAUAGCCGUCAUAAUACUAUCCGUCCCGGGGAUACUCUUGAGCGUAGCCAUUGCCGCCAUCUUUAGGCAUAGACGUCACACGCAGGUCGUGGUGCGCGCAUGUGCAGGACACAGCUACGCCAUCUUGUCUUGCGCCAUCUUUUGCUUCAUCUUCUCCUGGCUGCCCUUUCUCCCUUCCAACAACAUCGUCUGUGCAAUUAAAGCCUGCCUGCAGCUUUUACCAGUCACACUCCUCCAAGGAAUACUCCUCAUAACCGCCUACAUUACCAAAAAGGGACGAAGGUACGUCCAACUCCGGAACAAAGUUUUCAUCGGGGCGGGAAUCCUUGCCCUAUUUUGUGUAUUCACUGCCAUCUGGUUUGCAGUCGACCUACCAAAGUUGUCCAGGAUACCUGACCCGGAGGCAAAAAUUGUCUACGUGGACUGCCAAGAUGGCGAGGUCUUGGCUCUUGCCUUGUCUUUCCUUUACAGCGUGUUUUUAGACGCUGUUGGCCUUUGCAUGGCAUAUAGGACGCGGGCAAAAGAGGAGAAUUUCAGGGAGGGGAAAUUCGUCUUCUUCACCUUCAUCGUCCACAUCAUGCUCUGGGUGGCGACUCUUGGAGUUUACUUGGCCAUCGGUGGAGGGAAACACUUCCAGUCGUUCAUUCUUGCCGAAGGGGUGACGUUCACUGGCUACGUACCCCUGUUCAUGCUCUUCGUGCCCAAACUUUACCUGAUGAAGACCAAACCCUACGCGAAUGAAAAGAUGGACGCAAAAGCCAAGAGGAAGGUUAGGGGAAAACGCAUCGCUAAAGUCAAAAGCAGAAAAGCUAGACUAUCACCAGAGGUUCUCUCGUCGCGAAGGGCGUUGCUAGACAACUGUAACCGUGCUCUGGAGUCCAUCAGAGGCGAAAGGACACAGAGCGUCCGAUUUGUCAAGAUCUGCUCGGAGAGAUUAGAAGAAAUGAAAGCAAGACAUCGUAGGAGAGUGGACGCGAAGAAAUCUCAACUUGGCGAUUGUCUCAAGAGGAAGGUCCAUCUGAUCAUUUCGUCCCCUACACUGCCCUCAACGUCUCUCUGAACACGUCUUAUCGAAGCAGUGGAGUGCGCUUUCAAGCGUUUGCUUGGAAGAGACCACUUUUCAGGAUGAUUCAGGAUGAUUUGUGCAAGAAGUCUUCUUGCACAAAUCAUCAUGAACUUAAUCAUAUCCGUCCUUUAUUGUACACAUGCGGUACACCACUUAGAAAAAAAAAACAGUAGAUGAAAGCAUUGGUGCAUGGUGCACGGAGCGCAGGAAAAAGAGUUAUGAGCGAAGUGAAACAGGAGUUGCGCCUCCAACGACGGCAUUUCUCUAUUGAAAAUCACUC